AUUGGAAAGGAUGGGAUGUGCCAUCCUCGCAAAAUGGAACACUAUAACGCUUCCUAUUUCAUCAAUUUCUUCUUUUUUCUUAUUCUUACGCAGUUUAUAUUUGUGCAAAUUUCUUCUUUUUCUUAACAGGGUAAUUCAGAUCAGAAGCUGAAGUGGGGAAGAUGGGGUUGCUUUCCAACAGAGUUGUUAAGAGCAGCCUUAAACCUGGGGAUCAUAUAUAUUCAUGGCGCACAGCUUACAUUUAUGCUCAUCAUGGUAUCUAUGUUGGGGAUAAUAAAGUUGUCCACUUCACUAGACACGGUCAAGAAGUGGGAACCGGGACUGUGUUGGAUCUCCUCUUGGUGAGCUCGGGACCUGCUCGGACUCGUGUGCCUUGUACCACCUGUACCCCACUGGGAGAUGGUCACGGGGUUAGCUUGUCGUGUUUGGACUGCUUCCUUGCUGGUGGUGUUCUGUACCGCUUUGAAUAUUCAGUCAGCCCUGCUCUCUUUCUCGCGAAGGCGCGGGGAGGAACUUGCUCUCUCGCGGUCUCGGAUGAAGAUGAUGUCGUGGUGCACCGGGCGAACUACCUCCUCAGAAACGGCUUUGGGUGCUACAACGUGUUCAAGAACAACUGCGAAGAUUUCGCUAUCUACUGCAAGACAGGGCUGCUUGUGCUCGACCAGAGCACAAUGGGGCAAAGCGGGCAGGCUGUGUCUAUAAUUGGCGGGCCUCUGGCAGCCGUUCUGUCCACGCCGUUGCGCCUCGUCACCACCAACGUCUACGGGAUGGUGGCCAUGGCUGUCGGGGUAUACUGUGCCAGCCGCUAUGCUGCUGAUAUUGGCAUGCGUGGAGACGUGGUCAAGGUGAGCGUUGAGGAUCUUACGAGGAGGCUAGCAACGGGCCUGUAUCAGGUUCUUGAACCAAGUCUCCCCGCUUUGCCAGCUCCGGCCGCCACCGGGGCUUUGCCAACUCCGGCCGCCACCGGGAAUUUGCCAACUCCGGCCGCUACCGGGGCGUUGCCAACUCCGGUUGCUACCAGCUAGAAAUACUAUUUAGCUUGCAUGAAGGGUGGAAAUAUGUGCUAAUAUAUGCUAUAGAGAUUUGCAUUGUUGCCUGUAGUAUACUCUAUAUAAUACUAUUUGUAAUGAUUCAUUAGUUUCAAUGAGACUUGAAUCUAAAACCUAUUAUAAGGACGAAAACAACUCAGAUAUUACUCGGCCCGUAUAAAGUGUCGAGUUCAAAACUUAUAAAUUACUUUCUAUGUUUCAUUUUA